AUGUGAGGUCUCUCUCAAAGGCAUCUUGCAUCAGCCUGUGGAUGUAUGCCUACCACGGGGCUCCUUCACCGGCAAAGUGGAAAAAGAAGUGGUUCACGAGCAAGUCUUCUUUUGGGUUGGGGGAACCUACUGGAUUAUAGCUGUUUUCUUCUUUUCAAACCUGGGCGUCCCUGGACUGCAAGAGAAUCUACAAGCGACCUGACACUUGGUGCUCUAGAGCAUUCUGAGGCUCGCUAUCUGACUUCUAAAGAAGCUGAAGUAAUUGAGGAGGAGCAGGGGCCCUCUGUUUCCAAGGAUUCUGUUCUACAGAGAAUGUUCUGCACCCACUGAUACUCCAGAUCUAACUCCAUCUUCUGAAAUGAUCCCGAUUCCCAGAAUGCCCCUGGUGCUGCUCCUGCUCCUGCUCAUCCUGGGCUCUGCAAAAGCUCAGGUUAAUCCAGCCAUAUGCCGCUAUCCUCUGGGCAUGUCAGGAGGCCACAUUCCAGAUGAGGACAUCACAGCCUCAAGUCAGUGGUCAGAAUCUACGGCUGCCAAAUAUGGGAGGCUGGACUCUGAAGAAGGAGAUGGAGCCUGGUGCCCUGAGAUUCCAGUGCAGCCCGAUGACCUGAAGGAAUUUCUGCAGAUUGACUUACGGACCCUACACUUCAUCACUCUUGUGGGGACCCAGGGGCGCCACGCAGGGGGUCAUGGCAUUGAAUUUGCACCCAUGUACAAGAUCAACUACAGUCGGGAUGGCAGUCGCUGGAUCUCCUGGCGAAACCGGCACGGGAAGCAGGUGCUCGAUGGAAACAGUAACCCUUAUGAUGUCUUCCUGAAGGACUUGGAGCCACCCAUCGUCGCCAGAUUUGUGCGCCUUAUCCCUGUCACUGACCACUCCAUGAACGUGUGCAUGAGGGUCGAGCUUUAUGGCUGUGUCUGGCUAGAUGGCUUGGUAUCUUACAAUGCUCCAGCUGGGCAGCAGUUUGUACUCCCUGGAGGCUCCAUCAUUUAUCUGAAUGAUUCUGUCUAUGAUGGAGCUGUUGGGUACAGCAUGACUGAAGGGCUAGGCCAGUUGACCGAUGGGGUGUCUGGCCUGGACGAUUUUACCCAGACCCAUGAAUACCAUGUGUGGCCUGGCUAUGACUACGUGGGAUGGCGGAAUGAGAGCGCUACCAAUGGCUUCAUUGAGAUCAUGUUUGAAUUUGACCGAAUCAGAAAUUUUACUACCAUGAAGGUCCACUGCAACAACAUGUUUGCUAAGGGUGUGAAGAUCUUUAAGGAGGUCCAGUGCUACUUCCGCUCAGAAGCCAGCGAGUGGGAACCCACUGCUGUCUACUUUCCCCUGGUUCUGGAUGAUGUGAACCCCAGUGCUCGGUUUGUGACCGUGCCCCUCCAUCACCGGAUGGCCAGUGCCAUCAAAUGCCAAUACCAUUUUGCCGACACGUGGAUGAUGUUCAGCGAGAUCACUUUCCAGUCAGAUGCUGCAAUGUAUAAUAACUCUGGAACCCUUCCCACCUCUCCUAUGGCACCCACCACCUAUGAUCCCAUGCUUAAAGUCGAUGACAGCAACACUCGGAUCCUGAUUGGUUGCUUGGUGGCCAUCAUCUUCAUCCUGCUGGCUAUCAUCGUCAUCAUCCUGUGGAGGCAGUUCUGGCAGAAGAUGCUAGAAAAGGCUUCACGGAGGAUGCUGGAUGAUGAAAUGACGGUCAGCCUUUCCCUGCCCAGCGAGUCCAGCAUGUUCAAUAACAACCGCUCCUCAUCACCAAGUGAACAGGAAUCCAACUCUACUUAUGAUCGAAUCUUCCCCCUUCGGCCUGACUACCAGGAGCCAUCCAGACUGAUCCGAAAGCUCCCAGAGUUUGCUCCAGGGGAAGAGGAGUCAGGCUGCAGUGGUGUUGUGAAGCCGGCCCAGCCCAAUGGACCUGAGGGCGUGCCCCACUAUGCAGAAGCCGACAUAGUGAAUCUCCAGGGAGUGACAGGUGGCAACACCUACUGUGUGCCUGCUGUAACCAUGGAUCUGCUCUCGGGAAAAGAUGUGGCUGUGGAAGAGUUCCCCAGGAAACUGUUGACUUUCAAGGAGAAGCUGGGAGAAGGCCAGUUUGGGGAGGUUCAUCUCUGUGAAGUGGAGGGAAUGGAAAAAUUCAAAGACAAAGAUUUUGCACUAGAUGUCAGUGCCAACCAGCCUGUCCUGGUGGCCGUGAAAAUGCUCCGAGCAGAUGCCAACAAGAAUGCCAGGAAUGAUUUUCUUAAGGAGAUCAAGAUCAUGUCUCGGCUCAAGGACCCAAACAUCAUCCGUCUCCUAGCUGUGUGCAUUACUGAGGACCCACUCUGCAUGAUCACAGAAUACAUGGAAAAUGGAGAUCUCAAUCAGUUUCUUUCCCGCCAUGAGCCUCUGAGUUCCUGUUCUAGCGAUGCCACAGUCAGUUACGCCAACCUGAAGUUUAUGGCAACCCAGAUUGCCUCUGGUAUGAAAUACCUUUCAUCUCUCAACUUUGUCCACCGAGAUCUGGCCACACGAAACUGCUUAGUGGGCAAGAAUUACACCAUCAAGAUAGCUGAUUUUGGGAUGAGUCGAAACCUGUACAGCGGUGAUUACUACCGGAUCCAGGGCCGGGCAGUGCUCCCCAUCCGCUGGAUGUCCUGGGAAAGCAUCCUGCUGGGCAAAUUCACCACGGCAAGCGAUGUGUGGGCCUUUGGGGUGACUCUGUGGGAGACUUUUACCUUCUGCCAGGAGCAGCCCUAUUCCCAGCUGUCGGAUGAGCAGGUUAUCGAGAACACUGGAGAGUUCUUCCGAGACCAAGGGAGACAGAUCUAUCUCCCUCAACCAGCCAUUUGCCCCGACUCUGUGUAUAAGCUGAUGCUCAGCUGCUGGAGAAGAGAAAGCAAGCACCGACCAUCCUUCCAGGAAAUACACCUUCUGCUUCUUCAGCAAGGAGCCGAGUGAUGAUGCAUCAACGCCUGGCAGUGUUCCUGUGGCCCAGAUCCUUCCCACAAGACCCACUGCUCACCCACGUCUAAGCCACUCCAGCCGGACAUUCAGUGGACCUGAGAGACAGAGAAUCAGUCACUCUGCUCUCUCUGAACCUUGCCUCCUCCACUGCACCUCCCCGCUCCCUACCAUUGACUCAUAUAUACUUUUUUUACAUGAAAUAACUAAAAGAAGAAAAAAAUAGAGAGCAGAUAUUAGUAAAAGAAAUGUUACUUGAUAUACCAAAUGGUUAGAUAAUGAAGACUAGAAACUCAGAUAAUUUAUAAAGGUUAUGCUUCUGUUUAUAAGUGUGCAGAUCCUACAAUAUUUUUCCAUGUCACUUUCUGUAAAAUACCUUUAGAAAGAAAAACUUGAAGAAUAUGAAUGUCUUGAGAAAUAUAAGAUUAGGCUUAAGGAAAAUACUUAGUAGUAAUGAAGAAUUGCAGGACUUGGCAUUCCACAACAAAUGGAUGAUUUUCUGACUUGGACGUGACUCUCAGAUCUCUCUGUCUCUGUCUGUCUAUCCGUCUGUCUGUCUGUCUGUCUGCCUAUCUAUCUAUCUUGUCAAAGUGAGUGGCAUGUACUUAAAAAGCUCUAUCUUGUGUCUUGGAGUGAAUGAUUUCUUCAGUCAUGGCCAGAGAUCAGAGCCUACCCAUGAAACAGGGCAUAUGGAUAGAAAGAAGUGUCUGUUGUAAGGCUUGAAGUAGGACAUAGAAAGGGGAAGAUUGCACAAGAUUCUUGGUAGACCAUGGUCAUAGGAAAGAAGGUCCUCGAAGGAUGACCAGCAAGUGUAUUAUUUGUUGUUCAUCUGUGAGGGUCUUCACUUGUGUGUUUUAGUGACAACUUGACUUUAAUCUGUAAAGCCUCGAGUUUUGAUAUUUUAAUAGUUGCUCCAUCAGUUCCUCUUGUCCAGUUCUAUUUCUUUCAAUAUGUGAUGUCUUUGUGGGAUUUAUAGGCUAGGGCUUCAACUUCUCAGGCACGAGUAUCCAGUGUCAUGUCCAAUAUACAAGAGAUAUGUUCAGAGUGUUUCCAAAAUGUUGGCCAAGAGCCCUGGAAGAAGUUAUAGGAAGACUGAUUUCCACUCUUGGGAAAAUAUGGAAAUAGAACAUAUGCAGGUGUGGGUUUCCCCAGAGGUGGGGACUCUCUCAUCUCUGAAAAGUUUCAGAUACUAGCUGAAGAACUAUGCAGGGAAGAGGUUCUUGACUACUGGGUAUAUAUGUAUGGGAUAAUAAAAGGAUGACCAUUCCGUGUUGCUGAAAGUGCUUUUGCCAAAGAGAGGGUGGCUAGCGGCAAAGCAUGAAGUUCUGGCUUUGGGAUUCAUGAGAACGGAUGCACGAUCAAGCAGGAGUCACCUUAGUGACUAACUUAGUGACCCUAAGUUUUCAUCCUUCCCAGACUCCAAGAUUCAGCAGCAAUCGACACUAUAAAACCCUUAAAUCCUAUAGAGGAAACCGAGCUGAGGUAAAAUAAUGGUGAUCUGCUUCUGUCUAUCCAGUCAGCUUGCUCCACGGCCUCUUAGAAACCUGAGAACUUCUUGGUUCAGCCUUCAGCGUGGCUACAGGACACAGCAGAUGUAUAACUCAAGUCUUAACAUUAAUUUCAUAGAUCCCAUUGGCUCACAGCAAAUUUACCUCUCCUCUCCCAUGGCUUUUCUACCAUUCUCAGCAAGACUAACUUGGAUCUGAGAGGUAGGAGAGAACACGGGUUGGGAACUCUGACCCUGUUCUGCCUCAAGCCAAGUAUGUCAUUUUCCCAAGUCUUGCUUCUCUUCUGAGUUUGUUUGCUUGUCUGUCUCAAAGGAAAAUCGAAUGUAUGAUUUAGGAAUCCCUUGGAGUUCUGCCAUGUUUUGUGCUUGCUGGAGAAUUAGAUUUGUGGUUGAGGUAAGCUCGGUUACUGCUCAGACAAUUGUGGCCAGCAAUAGUGAUCCCGGGAGACUUCAUUUAAGUAACAGCAGCACCUGCAUUAUAUCUGCUUUAGAGUGACCAGGUGUUUCACCAUGUUAUCUCAUUUGAUAGUUCUAGGGCCAGACAUGUUUCUUUCACAACUCUUGACUAUAUGCUCUUCAGGAUUCUGCCCCCAGUUCACUGUAUUCCUUUACAAAUGGGGUUUCCAAGACUUUGCUUUAUGGAACUAAUCUAUUCCAGAUGGCUAUCAAAUGUGUAUCAUCAUGUACAGGCACUUUGUUUUUGGUAUGAAGAAGGUUCCACCUUCUGGCACUGAAACCUUUGUAUUACAGACACAGGUUUAGUUUCUAGGUACACUAGCAGUACAGGUCUGAGUAGCCAACAGUGGUAGACAGUAAAGACUUACUCUGUAGACAGGUAGCUCAAAUCUAAAUUAGAGAAAUGAAGGUAGGCUUUGGAAAAGAAAGCAGAAACAGAUGAGAAACUGUGGGUUCUUGGUAUUUCCCCAAGUAGCUCGUGAUCACGAUAUAUGUGAACACUUACAUCAAGAUGUCCUUUAGACUAUCAUAUUUCAAUUUAUACCUUUAUUGAUGAAUGCAUACAUUAGCCAGGUCCAUUUAUGUUUUUAUUAUUGGGGAUCAUACCCAGAACUCACAUUUGCUAGGCAUGGGCUCUGUCAUUGAUCGAUAGCCUAUGUUCAACUCUUGAUCUGGUGAAAAGAUAAAUGUGUAACUAUGUCACAUAUGUGACCUGGAGUGGAAAUGAGUGCCCCAAGGAGAGCACCCAUUGUUGAAGCUGUGGAAAGAUCGUCUGGGAACACUCAAAACUGUAAUACAAAAGAGGGCUGUAUGCAAGUAUGUGAGUAGUGUUUUUUUAAAAGUUGUUACAUGAAUGUGUGUGUGUGUGGCUGGAAGGAGAGGAUGGGUAGAAAAUAAGAAAGAAAGCACCAUAAAGAGAGGCAAGGAGAGUUUCUGGGGAAGACACGGGUGAGGCAAGUCAAACGUGGUAGAGACAGGGCUGGCUGGAGGCCAUGAAGUCAACGCUGAUGCAUGAAAAGAGAUCUGAGAGAGGUUAGAAAAGGUGACUUGGGAAGAAUGGAGGGUAAGUAAAGGAGAAAUGCUGGGUGAAGAAGCCUGUCUUUAGUAAAUGUCAGGUACACCGUAGGCAAUGCAAGGGAUUUUUGUAGCAUCGAGGAAGGACAUGGUCUUCAUGGAUAUAGAAACACGUGGCCACCAUCAUCUCAGGAAGUGGGUACAGAAGGCAGUUUCCCCUCCUGUGGGUUUUAGAUUGCAUCUAAGGCUGGUGACAAUGCUGUCUGUGCACUGGACUUUGGUGUUCCAUGUGCUGUUGGGGCAUGAAGAUCUAGGAGCAUUUGGUAGUUACCGAAUCCACUUUCAAUAAUGCUGAUCCUUCCUUGGUCUAAAAUGGCCACAGAAAACAUGGAAACAAUAGGUGUAAGUCAGACAACACUAAGUUUCAUCUGAUCUUUGACAGCGGGGUGUGCCGUAUUGGAAACAUGUUUGUCUAUUUCCCACACAGGCACCCCACACCCCACAAGAACAGCAUGAUGUGGGUGUGGACCAUGUGUUUUAAGUAAAGAGGAGAUGGGGGGCGUGUCAGGAUGAAGGGAAUGUGGGAAGAUGUUCUAAAGACAUGCACUAGAAAACAGAACAGUGUCUGGUUUCGUCCAGUACAAAAUGAAGAGGAUUGCAAUACAUUGUUUGUUGCAACUUUGAUCCUAAGUUGAAUCCAUGGGGCCUGGUGUUUGCAGCAUAGACAUUUUGUUUUGUGUCUUAUUUUGUUUUGAAGCCUGUGUCCUUGGGCACCAUGUGGGGCAAGGCCCCGAUGUUUUGGCAAGAUGCAGAUUCUGGUCUUCUGGAAACCUUUUCUGAAGUUUCAUAUUCUAGAAACAGAUGAAUGUCAUUGGCCCUUGGUGAAUUAAUUGGAAUCCUGAGCUAAGAGAGAAGGAAGCUGGGUAGUGACAAAGGACUUGAGUGGGCUGGCACGAGAGGACUGGGGAGGGACCAUUUAGCUGUCCCAUGUUUUUCAGAAAUUUCUUAUUUUGCAAUUAUCUGAGACUUGAAAGAAGUUACAAAAGAAUCAGCACAGAAUAGCCUUACCCUGAAUCUGUUUUCCCCACACUGAAAAUAUUUUAGUCUAUUUCCAUCCAUUUGAACCAUUUUGAAAACUAAACCCUAGGCCCGGCUUGGCUUUCACCAUUUUUCCUAUAUUGUACUCAUUUGUUCACUGGAUACUUUUAACCUUUGUUGGUUUGUAACCUGGCUUUGGUGGCAUACAGGAUAAAAGAUUGUACCUAGAUAUGCUGAAUCCACUUUCCAUUACAGCUCAUCAUUACUGGACCCAGAGUGGCCACAGCAUUACAUGGGAGUCAUAUGUAACCAUCAGCUCCGCUGUUUGGCACCCCAGACAAUUGGAGCACAACUUAAGGAAAGUAACAAUAUAGAAAGUGGAAGGGAAUUCUAAACAGAAGAAUGGGACUUUUGUUGGUGAUGAGAGGGGUCUAUGAUAAAGCGAUACUUUGGUCAAGAAAUAAGUGGUACCAAAUGGAGGUAGGGAUAGUUUGUGGCUAGAAUGUGGCACAAAUAUAAACCCCUAAUGUGAGGUUAAAACGCUGUCUUCGGAGGACCAGAGAAGCUUCAUUUGCUUAACUGUUCGUCCUUAAUUGUAAUAUCAGCUGCUAAACUAAAUGCAAACACAUCAGCUCCCUGGGGAAAAGUUGAAACUCUAGUUUCCUGGAUCCUGACUUUGGGUUUUGGGUUUAGACAUUUUUAAGCCGCCUUGCUUAAGGGCUACAGGAUAACAACUGUCUGUGGCUUAUGAGAUUCCUAGCACACAAAUGAGUAGUUUGUGAAUGUUAGGUUUUUAAUGAAUAAAGUGUGGAAAGGUUAUAUAUCACAUGUGUUAAAUUGGGGAGAAGUGCUUUAUAACAGAGGGCUUACUCUCAAUUAAAAAGAACAGAGGGAAAAGCGUUCUACAGGCAGUGUAUACCUUUGAAAAUGAGUCAGGCAGCCUUGCAAGGUAGUCUUCAUAUGGCAUCAGACCAAGGGCAGAGAAGAGGG